GGGAAAUCUACGUAGAAGAGGUGAUGUUUUAAACCACCAAGGCAAGACUCAUCGCAACAGCAGCAAGCAGUCUGACAAUUCCAGCACAGAUUCGACAUGGCACCAAAUCUUCAAACUGUUCCUGUUCCUUCAGCGACGGUUCAGUCGCACGCUUCGAAUUUGUUGCAACUUCCAGACAAAACUGUGUUAUGUACUUGGUUCGGCGGCUCUCAAGAAGGUCUUCCGGAUAUCAGUGUCUGGCUUUCUCGAUUAGAACCAGGAUCAUCAUCUUGGACUACCCCGAAAAAGAUAUCAUUUGAUGAGAACAGGAGUUGUCAAAACCCCGUCUUAUUCCGAGCCCCGCACAAUGGGGAGAUCUGGUUACUUCAUACAUCCCAAGACGCGGGUAAUCAGGAUGGUGCUUAUAUCCUGAAACGUACAUCUUCUGACCAGGGUCGUACUUGGUCUGAGGGCAUUCGUCUACUCCCUGAUGUAACUGGCAUCUUUAUCAGACAGCCUAUUGUUAUCAACGGCGAUGGUACCUGGAUCCUGCCAGUUUUCUACUGCCGCACAGAACCUGGCCACAGAUGGAUUGGAAGUGAUGAUAUCUCUGGUGUUCUCUACUCAGAAGAUAAUGGUGCCACUUGGAAAGAGAAGCAAGCACCAGACAGUAUCGGAUCUGUCCACAUGAACAUCAUCCCUCCAGCGGCUGGCUCUUCAUCUUGGGUAGCAUUCUAUCGCAGCCGCUGGGCAGACAACGUCUACCGCUCAACGUCCAAGAACGGCAUCGACUGGGAAACACCAAAGCCAACAAUGCUUCCAAACCCCAACAGCGGUAUCUGCGCAGCCCGUUUAUCAUCAGGCCAUAUCGCCAUUGUCUUCAACAGAUCAAACGCCUCAGCUGAUACCCUCAAACGGCAAGGCUUGUACGAUGACAUCACUCCUGAGGACGAUAAGCGACCGAAUCAAGUCACAAAGACAGGAAAGGAUGCAAUCUGGGGAACGCCGAGAAAGACGUUGACCCUUGGAGUUUCGGAGGAUGAGGGGCUGACUUGGAGAGAGCGUGUGCUUGAGGAUGGAGAUGGGUUCUGUGGGACGAAUAGUUCUUCGGGGCAGGAGAAUAGAGAGUUGAGUUAUCCAAGUAUCUAUAUUGAGAAGGAUGGGGGUAGGGAUGUAGCGCAUGUUGCGUAUACUUGGCAUCGGCAGCAUAUCAAGUAUGUUAGGAUCGAUGAUGUUGAGGCAUGGGUCGAGUCCGCUUAGGAAUAGAUCUCAAUUUUUAUAAUGCUUUCUAAGCAGGCUGGUC